UUGCUCCCCAACUCUCAAGAUGUCUCGUCUUACGCAGUUGACUUCUCUUCUCUCGCUGGCCUCGGCUUGCUUAGCUCAAAUUCCCAGCAUCAUCCCUUUCCAAGUCACAGGAUCUCUCGAUGGCUGCUCAGCUGGAACAGAGUUCAAUGCGGGAGGCACAAUCAGUGUCAACGAGUUCUCGAUCACUGUCCCUAAGAACCUGAUCGUCCAAUUUCCCACCGUGUACACUCCCUUCCCAAAACUCUGCAGCGCAGGGGCGGGAGGUUUCGAGACCACAGUCGUUGGCAAUAUCAUCAAUGGCAGGCCCAUCGCUGGACAGAUCCAAGUCGCAGCUCGUUUCGGCCUUGAGGGCAGCCAAGGCUAUAUUUCUGCCAUCAAUGAUGGUGUAUUACAGAUUGCCGGAGGACCCAGGGUUCGAAUCAACGACCCCGAGGGUGCAUUUGCACCCAAAGUCUCACAACAGCCAUACUUCGUCAUGGACACACAAAACCCAUCCGUCUCCUCAUUCUCCGGAUUCCCCAUGUGCAUUCAGCACGCUGGCAACGCAGAUACUUGCAAGGAUUCGAACCGCCCAGCUGGACAGACGAACUUCGACGCGCCUGAUCCACUAACAAUGGUUCCCUUCAAGGUCGGCGACUUUAUCGAGUACUCCGGUCUUCGUAACAACGGAGAAAUCCUGGCCCAAACCGUGACAGCUAUCAACGUCCAGGUCACAACUAAGGCCUCAGAUACUGUACCCAACUACAUUCGUGUUGAGGAUAUGCUCGUCGGUGUUCAAGAUACCGCUGCCAACGUUGAGGUUGCCGAUAUCCGUGUUAUCGGUUUCCUCUCAAGCUGCUUAGGUGCUGUUGUCACCAUUAGCGCCAUCGAUGUCGACCCUUGCACAGGCACUGAAAGUUACCGUCGCAUCGGCUCUGCUACACCGAGGCAAGAGACUCGCUGCAAGUGGGAGGCUCGUAUUGCGACAACCGCACCCUACACCCGCGACUACCUCAUCACCACCAACACACCAGUCACUGAGACCAAAAAUGGCAUCAGGGCAGGUCAGUUCGUCCAGGCUGUCGGCGAAUGGAUCUUCCCCGAGGUCGACAUUCCCGGAACCAAUCCACCCCCACUCAUCUUCAACGAUAUCCAGGGCCUUGUCCAAGGUGACUUCCUGGACAGCCAGCAAUUCGGACAGCUGAGCCCGUUCCCCGGCGCCAACCCGCCUGCACCCAAGAAACAGUGCAGCGCCAGCGACAUUCCUGCCAAUAACCCCACGACGCCCUCAACUGAUAAUCCUUCCACGAGCCCCAACUCACCCCAGACCUUGCCUGUAGCAGCAGCCGCACAAUUUGCUGCGGUGCAACGUGUCGGCGCGCUACUUUCAUUGGCAGGAUCUAACACCGCUCAGGGGCUCAACGAUGAUGCGCUCAACUUCGCUUGGACCCAGACCGCUCCCUCCACGCCCGCUAUCAGCAUCGCCAACCCUAGCCAAGCAACUGCUACCUUCACCGCACCAAAGGUCACCACGGAAACGACUUUCAGCUUUACCCUCACAGUCAGCCUCAAGUCCAACGCCACCGCAAGCAGCAAGAUCGUUGUCCCCGUGAAGAUCAGCCCCACCGCUGCAGACGUCGUGACUAUCGACACGUACACAUGGGAGUCUCGCCAAUCAGGCAGUAUCUCCGUAUCGUGUAGCUCCAACGUUCGCGACGGCGAUAACAAGAAGAUGACGCUGCUGAUAAACGGUGUGUCCAACAUCCCAAUGGCAAUCAGUGGCGGCAAUGGCCGGUGGGCGUACACGGCGAGAAGUACCGCUCGUCCCAACAGGCUGCAGUGUGUGAGCGAUCUUGGCGGUAAAAGCGCGGAGAGGACGGGGACGCAGACGACGAGGCGGAGGAAGAGGGGUGUGCUGGGUCUGUUCUAAACUUUCGAUGCACAUAUUUGGAGGCGUCCGGGCUUGUCUGUCACGACUGUACAUAUUACUUGUCAGGCGUCCGUCGCAUGACUGUCCUCAGUAGAUUACGAUACACCACGAAUUCAUGAUUACCACUUCAA